AUGGUACAAGAGGCGUGCCUGAUAAAGCGUGCGCGCCACGCGCAACCCGCUUCAGACCAGGCCUUUUUCCAGCUUCAAUUAUCCGCCUUUGCAUUCCUUUCCUCUUGCGGGUUUCAAGGCUCUAGUGCGAAUGCGUGCCAUGUAUUUGCAGAGUGUAUACAACGAUACAUCACUCUUCUAGGGCGCACCGCAACAGGUAUGGCUAUGGGAGCUGGGCGCCAUACCGCGAAUAUAUGGGAUGUGAUCAUGUCACUGGAGGAAAUUAUGGGCCAAGGUACCUUGGAUGAGCUAAUGGAGUGGGCCAACGAUGAGGGCAUCUGGAGACGCACGACUACCGACUUUUGGUCCCCAACGCUGCGUAAGGAACAAGCUAAACUGGCACGGCUCGCAAAUCACGAACUAUGCUCCCAACGUACGUCGUUUUCUUUUGAAGAGAUCCAAGAUGAAGCCUUGUAUGUCGAGCUCACUAUUCGCGAAGCCCUGGAUCAGUGCCUCGAAGACGAUCUCGUCUGGGGCACUAGUGCUUAUGUGACGGGUACAAAACGUCCAUAUAUCGAGGAAAGACUUCAAGAUGAUGAAAAUUCUUACAUUCCAUCGUUCCUACCGCGCUUCCCUACUAAGGAUGCAUGGAAAGAGCGUACCCCGACCGACAAUGUCGUCCGGGCUCGCGCUCCCAAGCCCAAGACAGAGGCGAAGGCCCGUCCCAUACCGCGAGCUGCUACGAUACAGGGUGUGCCCCCAUCUGACGAACUGGGCGAGGAUGGUGUCCGAAAGGUAUGGCGUCGUCGAGCCAUGGCGUACGCUGGUGUGCUUGCUGAGAGCUCGGGUACCCGAUCAGAAUUGCCAUCUCUGGAUGUUUGUGCGAAGCGCCGCGGUCCAGAAGCAAAACUUGUUCCACAUGGUUCCACCACGUCUUCUAUCGAUGCGUUUAUGCAAGUCAUGGAUGCGCUAGGUGAUGAUCCCACGACACAGACGCCUAUGCUUCUGACGUCCUUAUCUCGAUCUCAUCAUACCAAUCCAACGUCCACCUCUUUGAUGGCGGCAGCAUUUAAGCGACGCAGACUUGCACACGCGAUGGCUGACCCGCUUCGCUAUGUGCCCAACGACUCGAUGCACGGCUGCGUGCACGUACAUCCGACCUCGCCGUCUGCAGCCCCAGGUCCGAGUCUGCUGAUUACGAUCCCACCCGCCAAGGAUGGUGUCGAUGAAGAUACCCAUGCUGCCACAGCUGCGCCUCUAUUUACGCCCGUGCAUCCGCAUGGACGUACGGUCGCCAUGGUGCCUCCCUCGGGUGCGCAGUUCCCCACUAUGUCCUAUCGACAUGCAUCGCACUUAUACCAUGCCGCCCGAAUGCUUCUGUAUCCCGACAUGCAACGUGUCUUUUCUAGGCUUUCUGAUCCACCAGCUAUUUUGGACGAUCAUCGUACCGAGCAGGUGUAUCAUGGAACGGCUGCGAGUCGCACGCAGUUAUCCGGCACCAUUAUGUCCGUUCGACACCGUGAUACCCUAGGUGUCAUGGUGAGUCGAUACCGUGGCGCCAACUCCAUACUGCAUGCAUCACUUGAGCGCUUGCGAUUCCACUUGGCAGCUGAACAGGAGGCACAGCGCCGAGCUGCUUUGGAAGACGGCCGCGAAAACGAAGUUGAAGAACCUAUUCGCGGCGAGCGCAUCAAAAUGCCCGUCAAGGGCACCUUGGUUCACUCGUGGGACUGGCAAAAAGCUGACCCUUACGCAUGA